GAGCUUGAGGUUUCACAAUUUACCACAGUCAACAGCUCCGCGGAAGCAAUAGUAGUCUCUCUCAUCCAGUCCUGUCAAUUCAAUAAUAGGCCCACACUAUCAAAAUUGGCUAUAUUACUGUAUACCAGUUCUUUUUUUGCUGCUAUCUUUCGGUUUUUAAAUUAUUUUUAUAUAUCUAUUUUGUUCACUUUGGCGACCAGUUGAUUUGGCUUUGAUGGAAAAGGUGAGCUUCACUUUAUUAGCGAUGAUCCAAUUCGAAAAUUGAGACGGUCCUCCAGUUGCGUUAUCGUUGAAUCUCGCGUAAUGAUCCGAGAUUAACUAUGGCGGCAGUAUUUGCGGCUAAAAGUUACAGUCAUUAAAAUAAGAUGGCAUAUAAAAGGAUAAAUUCAAUGAAAGAACCCAGAAAAGGUUCCUUUCAUCAGUAUGAAUUUCAAGGUAAUUUUUCCUGGGAUUCUUACUUGAAAGAUUCAGAUGCACCUCGAGCACCUAACAAUUGCUUUAAACAGCAUUUUCCUCCACCUGCUAAUGAAUUUAAAGUUGGUAUGAAAUUAGAAGCUUUAGACCCACGUAAUAUCACAUCAUCAUGUAUAGCAACAGUUGUAGGCACACAGGGUCCAAGAUUAAGAUUACGACUAGAUGGUAGUGAUAAUAAAAAUGAUUUUUGGCGUAUGGUAGAUUCAUCAGAUCUCCAUCCUAUUGGAUACUGUGAAAAACAUGGUGGACUUUUGCAGCCUCCUUUGGGAUUUCGGAAAGAUGUUGCAUCAUGGCCAACAUUUUUAAUGAAGACUAUGACAGGUGCCCAAAUGGCACCUCCUGGUGCAUUUAAAGAGGAAUCAAAGACUCCCAAAUCCAAUCUAUUUACUGUUGGAAUGAAACUUGAAGCAGUGGAUAGAAAGAAUCCUCAAUUAAUUUGUCCAGCAACUAUUGGAGAUGUGAAUGAAGAUCAGAUAUAUAUCUCAUUUGAUGGUUGGCGAGGAGCUUUUGAUUACUGGUGCGAUUUUCAUUCUCGAGAUAUUUUUCCUGUGGGCUGGUGUGCAACAAGUGGACAUAAUUUGCAACCUCCUGGUCAAAGAGGAAUACCUCAGUAUAAAUUAUCAAAACUAAUGAAAGAACCACAAGAAUUUUUACUUUCAACACCUCCAUUGUCAAACAAAAAAUCCAAUUCCUCUAAUCAAACUAAAACCAAACUUGAGUUAGCAAAUGUUCCAAAUUCUAAAAAUUUAACACCAAGUCCUACAGGUUCAAAACCACCAGUUUUAAGUCCUGCUAAUAAGUCACCAAUAAACAGUCCUACUGGCUCUAAAAUCACCAUGCCCACCCUUAGUUCAAAGGUGAUGCCUAACCCCACAAGUCCAAGUAUUACACCCGAAAAACAACAGUUGUCUCCUAGAGAAGCCACUUCUCCUGUUGUCACGGUUACAGAACCAGAUACUAGUUCUGUUGUAGUUGGUAUCUCAGUUUGUGUUCAUGUUAAUACGACGUGUAAUACUGGUACCUUUCUAAGUCAUCGUAAAGUGUCUCAGCUACCUGCCAAAUAUGGUCCUGGCUCAAUCAAUCAGAUAUUACGUCAAGUAGUACAGUCAUGUAUUGAAUGUGCCGUACAAGAAAAGGUUGUGUUUAAUAUGGUUAAAGAUGGUAAUGGUAAAGUUGUGGUAUAUGCAAAUCAAGGAAAUAUGACGUAUACAAAACGGUUGGUGACAGUAGAGAAAGUAUCAGAAUUUUGGAGUUUUAUUGAGAGGUUUUUAGAAGAUCUGGGGUGUUGUGAAAAUUUUCUCUCCAGUCAUUCAUUAGAUGGCGGGUGUACAAAAUGUGUCAAGCUGAAAAAUUCAGCUUCAAAUGAAAAAGAAAAAUCAUUUAAAUUACCAAAGCGUAGAUGGUCUAGUGAUUCUGUAGAUAGUAAUAAAGGUUCAAAAGCUCCAAAAUUAGCUAGAAGAUAUUCCACAUAUGAAGCAGAAGCUAGUUCAACAACAGGUGACACAAGAAGUAGAUUACCUAGUGAUCCAGGUGACUGGUCUAUAGAAGAUGUUAUACAACAUAUAUCAGAAACAGAUCCAGGUUUAAUAACACACACAGAACUCUUCAGAAAACAUGAAAUUGAUGGAAAAGCCUUGAUGUUAUUAAACAGUGAUAUGAUGAUGAAAUAUAUGGGUUUAAAACUCGGACCAAUACUUAAACUUUGCAAUAUUGUACAAAAACUUAAAAUGAGGAAGUGAGAGAGUGAGAUGAUCUUUGUCAAAACCAAUAAUGACUGUUAAUUAAUGUUUAUAUGAAGGCACAUUUAACUAAGCAAUCAGAUAAAUUAAAAAAGUAUUAAGAUUUUUACAUUAAGGGAGGCAAGUCUCUAACUCAAUAUAUCAUUAACAAACUUCGACAUUGCAAACACGAUUUAUUGGUCAGGUUAAAUCAACAUUGAUGUUGUUAUCUUACCGUGAAAAGAUGGGCUUCUGAUAUCCAAUGUUUAAGACAAAAUGAAAAUUUUAAAAUUGGCACACGAGCGCCAUUUGUAAUGAAGUGACCCGAUGAACGAUACUAAACAUACCCCACAGGAGAAUACUACCAGUGUAGACUAGAAUAACCAGAUGCCAAAGACUGUCAUUCAAUUUGGACUAUUCGCAUAUUUCCCCGCACACAACUGAUUACAAACAUUCAUAUUACAUUAUUAUAUGCGUUGUGACCCAUUUGUGUCCAUUUCUAGGUGCCAAAAAAUAGAGAUUUAGCUCCUUUAAAUGUAAGUCUUGUUUAUUAUGUAUUUGGUUUUUAAAAGUUAUCAAGUUUAAUUUUGCUUUGUGUCUAGUGGUUUGUUUAUGGCAUUAUAUGUCACUGGUUAAAUAUUUUCAAUGGAUUUGCUAUAUACAUUUUGUUCAUUCUGGUUGUGUUUUGUAUGAAAAGAGUUGUUAAGGCAUUCUUGUUUAGAACUUUAAUGUAAAUCCUCAGUUAAAUAGAGCAUCUUCAUAGAUUGUGUAGCACUCCAUUUUACAGUAAUAUUCAUUGCAAUAAUUGUAGUAGGAACAGAGGUCUGGAACCUUACAAUAUCAAAAUAUUUCUAUACAAUUAGUUUGUGCUUUGUCACAUUUUUAAAUUUUUUUACAAAACUGAUAUUAUUCCAAAUUUUUAUUGUUAGAAUCGAUAUUAUAACAUUUCAAGAUUAAAGGAUAGAACCGAAGUUGUUCUUCAUGAAUCACAAAUAUAAGAUACUGAACUUUGAUGAACAAUCCCAUAAAGUAGUGUUCAUCAAUUGUGUUCUGUUCACUUAAUAUCACAGAAAGUGAUAGACUACUGUACACGGUUAAAAAAAACCAACACGCACUAGAUGAUAAGAAACAUGAAUUAAUUACUGAUAUUAUAUUCACAUUAUUAUUAAAUCCAAAAACCUACCUCUAUUUUGGUACCAUUUAAGAAAUCAUUUACAUUUCUAUAUUUACUAUAAAUAUCUUAUUCAUAUUAUCAUUCUACAUUAAUGCAUAGUUAUUGUAAGUAUUUCUUAGAAAGCAUUAUGUGUGUAUGUAUGUAUAUGUAUGUAUGUAUUCUACAGUUUUUAGGUCUGUUAAAUAUAUCUAAGGGAAUUAGUUAUGAAUCUGGUUCAGAUUAUUUUCAUUUACAAUUUCGUUAUUUUUGACAAUCAUAUGAUUCAUAUUUAUAACAAAAGUAUAUACAGGUACUUAAAUAAACUGUAAGGCAGUGAAUUGAUGUGUUACGAGGGGUCAUGGUGACUAAGACGCUCGCUCGCUAGCCUGCAGGUUGGGUGUUCGAUCCCUGCAUUGGUGUGCACGUAAAAGGUCCCUUGACAGUUUGAAUUGGAUAUAAAAGUAAGCAGUAGUGCUGCUGUCUGGGCAAAAUUUCCCUGAUAGCACAAUGUAUGGUGUAUGCCCGUCUUCAUCAGCCCAUUUCUGACAUGUUAUGAAAUGAAUACAAUCUGAAGCAAUGUAUUUGUUAACCGCUGUAUUAUCUGUUCUUAAAUUAUGACUGGGAUACUUCUUUUAAAUUUGAAUAUAGGAUAACUACACCAUUGUUCUGUUAUGGGCACUUUGAUUUGUCUCAACUAAUUAAAUCAUUAUUGAUAUGUUUCAUUGUUUUGAAGGGUUUUAUGUUUGAUGACAUUCCUGAUUUAGAAUAUCAGUCCAAAAAUGGUUUAAUUUUGUUCGGUAUUGACAAAGAUAUUAAGUAUUCUCUGUUGACGAUAUAAACUGGAUAUGAUGACGUCAAAACAUUUUUUGCAAAAAUCCUGUUGUCCUCUUGAUUAAAUGUUAAAUAAUCAAUCAGUGGAUUAAGAUGUGAAAAAUUUGAUAUUGGUAAAAAAAAGGCAGAUGAGAAUUGACUGCUUCAUAAGGUCACAUCAAUUUCUUGUUCGCAUCUUGUUUACAGUAUAUGGCUUUGGAUGUUUUAUUAAAAGUGUUCAUAAAAGUACAAUUUUCAGUGGCUUUAAAUAAUAUAUUAUGGUAAUUUAAAUAUUGUAUUGUAAUUAAUUUUAGUAUUUCCUGGUCAAUUUAUUUUGCAAUGGUUUUAUUAUAUUAUAAUUAUCAAUGUUAAAUGAGAUUUUGAAUAUUUUUCUUGUCUUUAAAUUUGACAGAUUUGACAUGUUUAUGUCUAUUUGAUGUCAUUAUUGCCAAUAAGGUGUUGAAAUAUGGUCGACAUAGAUAAAAAAAGAAAAAAUUCCUGAUUGAUUGUUCGGUUUAUUGAUCCUGGAGUCAUUGUUCAAUAAUUUAAACAUGAUUUAUGUUUAAUGUGGUUUAUCUUCCAAAGUAAGUAAGACCUCAUAUAUUUCCUCACCCGUCCUAGUGGGGUUGGGUGGCGGAAUGGUUAUUGUGUGCGUGUUUGAUCAUAAGGUCUGUCAAGUGGUGUGGGUUCGAUUCCCGUCUUGUAUGUGACAAGGAGUAGGGUAGCCUGUCCAACCUCAAGGGUUUUCCCCGGAUAAUAUUUCCUCCCACUACUCAAGACCCCUAUGCGCAAUCAAAUUAUUGAAAUAAAAUAGAACCAUAUGUUAGUCCCAAAAUGACCUAGUUUGUGUUGGGUGAAUGUUAAACCCCAUUUCUCUCUCUCGCCCAUCCUGAAAAAUCAACUUCUCUCCCAAACUGAAAGUUUAAAAAGUAGGAUAAACAACAUUUUCUUUUACAUGGCCUAACAUUGCAAACUUUUCUUUUUAGAAGUAUUUUACACUAAGAUCUACUGUUCUUGUAUACCCUUCAUCUCACUGUUCUGAUUUUAUAAGCAUAAAAUGGAAUAACAUUAUUUUGAUAUUUUUUUUGUGACUGCUCUACACAUCAAUAUUGUCAUAUUUACACCCAAAAUAUUUACUGUACAUUUUAAAUUAAUUCAAUCACUUGAAGUGAUGUCCUCAUCUCCUGCCACUAACCUGCCAACUUCUAGAAUUAUUGUAAUUAAUAAUAACAUGUAUAUUCAUUUUAGUGCAGGUUGUAUUGUUGUCUAAGCUUAUGCAAAUAUGUUAAUCAUGUGAAUUGUAUAUUAUUACUUGUGUAGAAGGUAUCAUUCAAAGUUGUAUAUAGUCUUGUAUACUAUGAUAAAUCUCAAAUACAAAAUGUACAUUUACUACAGUUGUCCUUUCUUGUUUUAUCAAGGUGUAUUGCAGUCUGCAGAGCAGACAGAUGUUAACAUUAGCAAUCACCAUUAUACAUUUUGGAUAGCCAACCCUUAGAUGACAAUAAAACAAUUAAGCAUG